CAGGGACAAAGCAGGGGGCAGCGCAGCGCUGGCGCUAUGGGUUAUAAAGCUACAUCUGUUCCUGCAGUGAUUUAUAACGACAAAUCUUCCACAGCAAUUGCCUUCAUCUACUGUUCUGGCUUCUACUGUUAGUCAGCAGAAGAGAAUUAAACACAAAGCAAAGUACUCUUAAUCUCAAUAGACAGAGAGACAGUAUGUUCUGUACCAAACUGAAAGACUUGAAGAUCACUGGGGAAUGUCCUUUCUCCUUACUGACCCAAAGUCAUAUAUCUGAUGAACAUGAGGAGGAAUGUGCAGAAGUGCCAAAUAGUUCUAGAGCAGCUUUGCCCAUCUGCAAAGAAGUCAGUGAAAAAGACACUCAUGGGACCCUUCCAAAAAGGAAAACCAGUAGAAGCAGAGUGUAUCUGCACACAUUAGCUGAAAGCAUCUGUAAACUGCUCUUUCCUGAGUUUGAAAGGUUACAUCUUGCACUUCAGAGAACAUUAGCAAAGAACAAAAUAAAAGAAAACAGGAAAUACGGGGAGAGAGAAGAUUUUGAAAAAAUAGUCACUGAUCAUGCAAAUGCAGCAGGUGUUCCAGUUGAAACUGUAAAGGAAUCUCUUGGUGAAGAGCUAUUCAAAAUAUGUUAUGAAGAGGAUGAACACAUCUUAGGAGUUGUUGGAGGAACCCUUAAGGACUUCUUGAACAGUUUCAAUACUCUUCUGAAGCAGAGUGGCCAUUGCCAAGAAGCAGACAAAAAGAGCAAACUUGAGGAAGCCUCCAUAUUAUGCCUGGAAAAAGAUCAAGAUUUCUUAAACGUGUACUGUUUCUUUCCUAAGAAAAUAACUAGUCUCAUUCUGCCUGGCAUUAUUAAGGCAGCAGCUCAUAUUUUGUAUGAAACCGAAGUGGAAGUGAUGCUGAUGCCCCCCUGCUUUCGUAAUGACUGCACAGAGUUUAUUAACCAGCCAUAUUUGUUGUACUCUGUACUAGUCAAAAGCACAAGACCUUCCUUAUCUCCAUGUAAACCACAGUCCUCUCUUGUGAUUUCCGCCUCUCUGUUCUGUAAAACUUUCCCAUUUCAUUUCAUGUUUGACAAGGAUAUGGCUGUUCUACAAGUUGGCAAUGGGAUAAGGAGACUUUUGAACAGGAGAGAAUUUCUAGCAAAUCCUAACUUUGAGGAGUAUUUUGAAAUUCUUACCCCUAGAAUAAACUGCACAUUUAGUGGGAUCAUGACAAUGCUCAAUAUGCAGUUUACCGUACGAGUGAAGAGAUGGGACAAUGCUGUUAAGAAGUCAUCAAGGGUAAUGGAUCUUAAAGGCCAAAUGAUCUAUAUUUUUGAAUCCAGUGCCAUCUUGUUCUUGGGAUCUCCCUGUGUGGACAGAUUAGAAGAUUUUACAGGACGUGGAUUAUACCUUUCUGAUAUUCCAAUUCAUAAUGCACUGAGGGAUGUUGUUUUGAUAGGAGAACAAGCCAGAGCUCAAGAUGGACUAAAGAAGAGAUUAGGAAAGCUUAAAGCUACUCUUGAGAUGGCCCACCAAGCUCUGGAAGAGGAGAAGAAGAAGACGGUAGAUCUUUUGUGCUCAAUUUUUCCUGGUGAGGUUGCUCAGCAGCUGUGGCAGGGACAAGUUGUGCAAGCCAAGAAAUUUAAUAAUGUCACAAUGCUUUUCUCUGACAUUGUAGGAUUCACUGCCAUCUGUGCCCAGUGCUCACCUAUGCAGGUUAUCACCAUGCUUAAUGAGCUCUAUACUCGCUUUGAUUACCAGUGCGGAGAGCUAGAUGUCUACAAGGUGGAGACCAUUGGAGAUGCUUAUUGCGUGGCUGGAGGUUUACACAAAGAAAGCGAGACACACGCUGUUCAAAUAGCAUUGAUGGCACUGAAGAUGAUGGAGCUGUCAGAUGAGGUGAUGUCUCCCCAUGGAGAGCCUAUCAAGAUGCGUAUUGGCCUCCAUUCUGGGUCCGUCUUUGCUGGAGUUGUUGGGGUUAAAAUGCCACGUUAUUGUCUCUUUGGAAACAAUGUAACCCUUGCCAACAAGUUUGAGUCUUGCAGUAUACCUAGGAAAAUAAAUGUCAGUCCAACAACUUACAGGCUGCUAAAAGAAUAUCCAGAUUUUGUGUUCACACCUCGCUCAAGAGAAGAACUUCCUCCAAACUUUCCCAGUGAUAUUCCUGGUAUUUGUUACUUUCUGGAUGCUUAUCUUCAAGGAACAAAUUCAAAGCCUUGGUUUCAAAAGAGAGAUUUUGAAGAUGGUAAUGCAAAUUUCUUGGGCAAGGCAACAGGGGUAGACUAAAUUGUACAUUCACACAUUUACAAAAGAAUUUUAUAAAUAUUUUAAUUUUGUAUAAAUUGAGAGUUUAAAAAAGUAUGAAACAUGAAAGCACUUUAGAUUGUUAAUACCUGAAAGCCAGUAUUAAAAUUUCAGGAAGUAUGUCAGACACUACUUUUUAUUUUUACUUGCCAGACGAUAUAUAGUCACUAAAAUAAUAUUUCAACUUCACUAUUUAAAACACUGUUUAAGAGUACUUUUUUUCCCUGUGGUAAUCUGUGCUACAUAACGACCAUUUCAACUCUACCUGUACUGAAAAUUCUAAACAUGUUGUACAUACAGUAUAUCAAAAAAUGUUGUGUACAAGUGAUGCAGUCAUAUGCAGUUUGGUGUGCUGGUGCAUACCAGUGACUAUUAAAAUGCAGUUUUCUUAGUUGCUCUGUAAGAAAAAGGAAACACCCAUUACUGUAAUAACUCCUUCCAUUGCAUCUUUGGGCCUGUGAGGUGCUGCCCAUCUCCUAGUGGGAGCUGAAGUCAACAGUAAUUGAAGGCACUCAGCACCUUGAUGGAUCAGGUUGCUAAUUAUAACUAAUACAGUAUAUACAGCAGAGUAUGGAUGCUUACUGUUCCCUGAAUUUGUUUUCUUUGUGCAUAAAAUAAAUAUUUAUAGAAUAUUCAAAUAUUGUAUAAUCACACACUAAAGCCUCUGUAAUCAAAUAAGAUUUUAGUUUUUGGAGUUUUUAAACCCUAUUUUAAAAAU